CGGCCGCGGGUGGCGCUAUGGCGCCGCGGCGCGGGCCGCCCCGGAAGUGCUUGCUGCGGGCAUGCGAGGACGCUGAGGCUACGGUGCACGUGCGGCGCUGGCUCCGCGAUGAAGUUCGCGUACCGGUUUUCAAAUUUGCUGGGGACUGUCUAUCGGCGUGGAAACUUAAAUUUUACAUGUGAUGGUAAUUCAGUUAUCAGUCCUGUGGGAAACAGAGUCACUGAAUUUGACCUUAAAAACAACAGAUCCAGCACUCUGCCCCUGGCCACGCGCUACAAUGUCAGGUGUGUGGGGCUGUCCCCAGAUGGCCGCCUUGCCAUCAUUGUUGAUGAAGGUGGGGACGCGCUGCUGGUCAGCCUGGCCUACAGGUCCGUGCUCCACCACUUCCACUUCAAGGGCUCUGUGCACAGCAUCUCCUUCUCCCCUGAUGGCAGGAAAUUCGUCGUCACAAAAGGCAACAUCGCUCAGAUGUACCACGCCCCUGGGAGGAAGCGGGAGUUCAAUGCGUUCGUCCUGGACAAAACUUAUUUUGGCCCCUAUGAUGAGACCACGUGCAUUGACUGGACCGAUGACUCCCGGUGCUUUGCAGUCGGGAGCAGAGACAUGUCCACCUGGGUGUUUGGGGCCGAGCGCUGGGACAACCUCAUCUACUACGCGCUGGGGGGCCACAAGGAUGCCAUUGUAGCCUGCUUCUUCGAAUCCGGCAGCCUGGAUCUCUACACGCUCAGCCAGGACGGAGCCCUGUGUGUGUGGCAGUGUGACACGCCUCCCGAGGGCCUGAGGCUGAAAGCCCCCACGGGCUGGAAGGCAGACCUGCUGCAGAGGGAGGAGGAGGACGAGGGGGACGAGGACGGCGAGGAGACCACGGUGCAUGGGAAGGCUGUGCCGGCUGCGGAGGAGCACCAGGGCAAAGUGAAAUACUCGCAGCUGGCCAAGUGCUUUUUCAAUAAAGAGGGAGAUUUUAACAACCUGACAGCUGCAGCAUAUCACAAGAAAACCCACCUCUUGGUCUCUGGUUUUGCUUCCGGGAUCUUCCAUCUUCAUGAGCUCCCAGAGUUCAACCUCAUCCACUCCCUGAGCAUCUCAGACCAGAGGAUCACCUCCAUCGCCAUCAACAGCUCUGGGGACUGGAUCGCCUUUGGCUGCUCAGGCCUGGGCCAGCUGUUGGUGUGGGAGUGGCAGAGCGAGGCCUACGUGCUCAAGCAGCAGGGCCAUUUCAACAGCAUGGUGGCCCUGGCCUACUCCCCUGACGGGCAGUACAUCGUGACUGGUGGGGACGAUGGCAAGGUCAAGGUGUGGAACACCCUCAGUGGUUUCUGCUUCGUCACUUUUACGGAGCACUCAAGCGGGGUCACCAGUGUGACCUUCAACACCACCGGCUAUGUCAUCGUGACCUCUUCCAUGGAUGGGACAGUGCGCGCCUUUGACCUUCACAGGUACCGGAACUUCCGCACGUUCACGUCUCCACGGCCCACGCAGUUCUCCUGCGUGGCUCUGGACUCAAGCGGGGAGAUCGUCUCCGCAGGGGCCCAGGACUCCUUCGAGAUCUUUAUCUGGUCCAUGCAGACAGGCAGGCUCCUUGAUGUUUUGUCUGGCCAUGAGGGGCCCAUCAGUGGUCUGUGUUUUAACCCAACGAAGUCAGUCCUGGCCAGCGCCUCCUGGGACAGAACCGUGCGUCUGUGGGACAUGGUGGACAGCUGGAGAACCACGGAAACGCUGGCCCUGACCUCUGAUGCUCUGGCUGUGACCUUUCGCCCUGAUGGGGCAGAGCUGGCUGUGGCCACACUGAAUGCGCAGAUCACCUUCUGGGACCCUGAGAGAGCCGUGCAGAUGGGCUCCAUCGAGGGCAGACAUGACCUCAAGAUAGGCAGGAAGGAGCUGGACAAGAUCACAGCCAAGCACUCCGCCAAGGGGAAGGCCUUCACCACUCUGUGCUACUCCGCAGACGGCCAGAGUGUCUUGGCGGGGGGCAUGUCCAAGUUUGUGUGCAUCUAUCAUGUCAAGGAGCAGAUUCUUAGGAAGAAGUUUGAGAUUUCUUGCAACCUCUCACUAGACGCCAUGGAGGAAUUUUUGAACCGAAGGAAGAUGACAGAGUUUGGCAACCUGGCACUCAUUGAUCAAGAUGCUGGGGAGGAUGGCGUCGUGAUCCCAUUGCCGGGUGUAAAGAAGGGUGACAUGAGCUCUCGGCACUUCAAACCUGAAAUCAGGGUGACUUCGCUCCGCUUCUCUCCCACCGGGCGCUGCUGGGCAGCCACCACCACCGAGGGGCUCCUCAUCUACUCCCUGGACACCCAGAUGCUCUUUGACCCAUUCCAUCUGGACACCAGCAUCAGCCCCAGGCAGAUCCGGGUGGCGCUGCGCCAGCACGACUUCACCAGGGCUGUCCUCAUGGCCUUCCGGCUCAAUGAGAGGAAACUGCUGCAGGAGGCCCUGGAGUCAGUGCCCUGGAAUGAGAUUGAAGUUGUCAGCUCCUCCCUUCCUGAGUUGUAUGUGGAGAAAGUACUCGAAUUUUUAGCCUCGUCCUUUGAAGUGUCUCGCCAUCUAGAAUUCUACCUCGUAUGGACUCAGAAGUUGCUCAUGGCACAUGGUCAGAAGCUGAAGUCCAGGGCGGGGAAGCUGCUGCCAGUCGUUCAGUUCCUUCAGAAGAGCGUCCAGCGACACUUGGACGACAUCUCCAAACUCUGUGACUGGAACCGCUACAACAUCCAGUACGCACUGGCAGUGUCCAGGCAGCGGGGCAUGAAACGCCACUCAGAACAGCUGGCAAGUGAGGAGGAAGUAGACGUGUCCGACGACGACAGUCUGCACUUGUUUGGGGGAGGACACGGGAACCAGGACCAGGAUGGGCUGCUGGCAUAAAGCUGGCCAUGUUUGCAACCAUGUUCAUUUGGGUUAAGACCUGCGGAGAGGUGGAGCCUCCACUGCCUGGCCCCAGGAGUGGGAGGGCAAUCCAGAGAGUCAGAGAAACUUCCCCAGGACCUACUCUUCCUGUGAGAAGCAAGCACGGAAGCAGUGAGCUAACAUCCCAGUCAGCACAAGCUUGGUGCUCAGCCAGGAGCCUCAGGCACUCAGGCGAAUGAAUGAGCCCUCGGUGCACCCUUUAGGGAAGCAAAGGGCGCCUGUGUAUAGACUCAAACUUGGUGUGAUUGUUAUAUUUUUAAUAUGAACUUUUGAUGAUAAAUUGGGGGUGAAAAAGAUGGGGUUUUCUAAGAUACAAGUACAGAUUAAGUCUGAACUCUGAUACAAAAAUGUUAAUGGUAUCUCCUGAGUAUGAUCAUCACGUGGUGGGGAUCAGGGCCACCUGCUUGCUAGCACUCCCCAUGAUGGUGGGACGGGAGCAGGGCUCCUUCUGUACAGGGCUGGGGCCAGGAGCAUUUGCUUGGCUCUGACUUUGUAGAAGCAUACCCAGUAGCCCCAGGCUGGACUGGAAGCUCACUCAGGCCUGCCACACCAGCUCUGCAGUAGCCACAUGGAGGAGGGGGUGGGCCGCUCAGCCCACAGCCCCCCUUGAGAAGGGUCCCACUUUGGUAAGUCCCCUGUGUGCACAGCAUGGCCAGGGUGGUGGCCAGGCCUCCAUGCUCAGGGCAUACCAUCAGCCAGUGCCCAGGAAGAGCUUGGUAGAGGCAGGAUCUUGGCUUCCAGCCCAGCUGAACCAGAGUGUGCAUUUGGGAAGUUCUCUCCGACAGCAGGUUCCAGCAUCCGCAUGAGCCCAUCCCUGUGCAGCUAAUGUCCUGGAUGUGGUCCUGAGGGGAGGUAAGGGUAGGGUCAGCUGCCUCCCAGGAGUUUCUGGCUAAAAAGUGGAGGGGUUGGGAUGAAUGAAGUUCAGGAAUGAAGACAGUAGAAUGUUCCAGGCUCAUCUUUGGUUGUAACUUGUAGAAUACCUCACAUUUUUUGUUUCCAUGAGAAGUCCUUGAUGAAAGUACUUGUAAAAGUCAACAAUGGGACAGUGAGUAAGAAUGACAGUGACAGCUUUGGGUUGAAACGUCCAGUGUGUCUGGAGGCCAUUUGAAUUAUUUACAAAACCUGUGUUGUUCACUUAAAAAGUGGUAAAUAAAGGAAAAAAACGUUAAUCCACUCA